GGUAACAAGCGAGCUUAGACUCCGGGAAAAGACGCCUCGCUUGGGAAAGAUGCUUACAAGAUCAACGCUUACAGAGCAGACCGGCAGAUCCUUGAUCUUCCCAAGGGCACUAACGGGUGCAGAGACUUCAGCAGCCUUCUUCAUAUCCGCGAAGCCUUCUCGUCUACAUCUCUUUCACCGUUUCGCACACCAACCAUGUCUCAUGGCAAGCAGUUCACUUUGUUCUCCCACACGGGUGGUCCGAACGGAUGGAAAGUCGCCUUCAUCCUUGAGGAGCUUGGCCUGACCUACGAGUCUAUUUACUUCGACUUCAAGAAGAACGAGCACAAAGCUCCGGAGUUCACUAAGUACAACCCUAACGGUCGCAUCCCCGCGGUCAUAGACCACAGGAACAACGAUUUCGUGGUCUGGGAGUCCAACGCAAUCAUUCAGUACGUCGUCGACAAGUACGACAAGGAGCACAAACUCUCAAUUGCGCCGGGCACGGACGAAUACUACACCCAGCUCCAAUGGUUGUACUUCCAGGCUUCUGGCCAGGGUCCGUACUUCGGCCAGGUCGGCUGGUUCAACUUAUACCACCCGGAGAAGGUCCCGAGCGCGGUGGAGCGGUAUCGGAACGAGACCAAGCGUGUGCUCGGCGUGCUCGAGAGCGUGCUGUUAAAGCAAGAGUGGCUUGUCGGCGGUAGGCUGACCGUCGCGGACAUCUCCUUCAUCCCAUGGAAUAUCUUCGCCACGACGCUCCUCCUCGAGGGUUUCGACUUGGAGAAAGAGUUCCCUGCCACCGCUAAGUGGCACAACAAGCUCCUUGCGCGCCCGGCCGUCAAGAAUCUCUGGGAGGAGCGUGAGAGGCUGCUCGCUCAGCAGUAAACCGAGUGCAGAACCGUGUAGGGUUGUGCUUUGACUUUAGCACAAUAGCUUUUGAGACCUAUUUCUCCUUCACCCAGACUAUCAUGAAACGACGACGAUCUGGCAGUGGGACGUUGGACGUGGCUAGCAAUUGCAAGCAACUGGGUGUAGUAAUAGCUAUCAAUUGGAAUAUUUCUGGUCUCGAGGCCUAUUCGAUCCGUCCUUGAGCUUUACUUUCCAA